AUGAGGCUAACCAAACCUACCUUAUUCACUAAUGUUCCAGUGACUUGUGAAGAAAGAGAUUUGCCAGGUAAUCUGUUUGACCAGCUCAUGAAAGAUGAUCCUUCUACUGUAAAGGGAGCGGAAACUUUGAUGCUGGGAGAAAUGCUGACUUUGCCUCAGAAUUUUGGAAAUAUAUUUCUGGGAGAGACCUUUUCCAGUUACAUUAGUGUACACAAUGAUAGUAACCAAGUUGUCAAGGAUAUACUGGUGAAGGCUGAUCUUCAGACAAGUUCUCAGCGCUUGAACCUUUCAGCUUCUAGUGCUGCAGUGGCAGAACUUAAGCCUGACUGUUGCAUUGAUGAUGUGAUCCAUCAUGAAGUAAAGGAGAUAGGAACACAUAUAUUAGUUUGUGCAGUAAGUUAUACUACACAGACAGGAGAGAAGAUGUACUUCAGAAAGUUCUUCAAAUUUCAGGUCCUUAAGCCACUAGAUGUGAAAACCAAAUUCUACAAUGCUGAGACAGAUGAAGUGUUUUUGGAAGCUCAGAUUCAGAAUAUCACUACCUCUCCAAUGUUCAUGGAGAAGGUUUCUUUAGAGCCGUCUAUGAUGUACAAUGUUGCAGAACUGAACGCAGUUGACACAGUGGGGGAAAGUGAGUCUACUUUUGGCUCGAGGACUUAUUUACAGCCCAUGGAUACACGUCAAUACUUAUACUGCCUUAAACCAAAGCAAGAAUUUGCAGAGAAAGCUGGAGUAAUAAAAGGUGUAACAGUUAUUGGUAAACUGGACAUUGUGUGGAAGACUAAUCUGGGUGAACGAGGAAGGCUGCAAACUAGCCAGCUCCAAAGAAUGGCUCCUGGUUAUGGUGAUGUCAGGCUCUCUUUGGAGACAAUACCAGAUACUGUAAAUUUGGAAGAACCUUUUGACAUUACAUGUAAAAUAACAAACUGCAGCAGUGAAAGGACUAUGGAUCUGGUUUUAGAAAUGUGUAAUACGAAUUCCAUCCACUGGUGUGGAGUUUCGGGAAGGCAACUUGGAAAGCUGCACCCAAGUUCAUCCCUCCAUCUUGCACUCACAUUGUUGUCUUCAGUGCAAGGAUUGCAAAGUGUCUCUGGCUUAAGACUUACAGAUACGUUUUUGAAGAGAACAUACGAGUAUGACGAUAUUGCACAAGUCUGUGUGGUUUCUUCAGAAGUCAAACAAAGCUGA